AUGAAUGCGGAUUACGAUUAUUUGUUUAAACUUCUCCUGAUAGGGGACUCCGGCGUUGGAAAAUCAUGUCUCCUGAUCCGCUUCGCAGACGACACGUUUACGGAUAGUUUUAUAAGCACAAUAGGAGUGGACUUCAAAAUAAGGACCAUAAAUGUUGAGGGAAAAAUCGUUAAGUUACAAAUUUGGGACACUGCUGGACAAGAGCGCUUUCGCACGCUAACGACAGCUUAUUAUCGAAGCGCACACGGGAUCAUCAUGGUAUAUGAUGUGAAUGAAAAGGAAACUUAUUUACACAUCGAUCAGUGGCUGGAAGAAAUAGAAAGAUAUGCUUGCGGCGGAGUGAACAAACUUCUUGUGGGAAAUAAAUGCGAUUUGUUGGGUAAACGCCAAGUUGAGUACGAGAUGGCCAAAAGUUUCGCGCAAAGACUUCAGAUUUCGUUCAUUGAAACAAGCGCAAAGGACAGAACCAAUGUUGACAACGUGUUUUAUACAAUGGCGGAAGAACUAAGAGAGAAGCUUGGGUCACCCCUGACUUCUCCCGAUGGUGGAGGUGAAAAUUUAAGCUUGAAAGACAGUACCCCGGUUAAUACAAGUAACUGGCCGAAAUGUUGCAGUUUUUCAUGAUUGAGUGGUAGUACUUGCGAUUGUUACGAAUAAUAAAAAGGCUCGAUAUUUGCUCAUAAACAAGACAAUCACUUCAAGAGAGAUUACGAUUAAAAAUAUUUGUCUUCAAGGAGUAUGGUGAAACUGUAACCUGCAUGCGCAACCACUAGGAAAGUGUAGUGUUGUAUUGGAAGUAAGGGACAUUGUAAAAUGGGUAAAGAAACACUUUCGAAAGCUUCCAUUGGAAAAUCAAAAUUCUUGAGAAAGACAAAGUACCAUUCAAUACAUAAUUGUGGAAGGAAUAUGGCUUUCAAAUGUUAUAUGCAAAAAGGGAAAAAAUUUUAAUUUUUGGACAGGUACAGUUUGAUUUCAACAUUUUGGGUAAAUUCCAAGUGCGUAUAUGUGUUUUUAUCAUUGUUAUUAUUAUUAAAAAUAACAAAAGAUGAAAAGUAGGGAUUCAGACUGACCAAGUUAAUAUUUUGCAGCCUUAAUAUUGGGAAUUGGAGGAGGUCUUUUAUUACCAACUAGAACGAAUCUCUAGCAACAACUAUAUCGGAAAAUCUAGAAUUUACAUCGACAUGAAAGUACUGACGCUUUACCUUGCAUGAUAGUUGGCCGUUUUGGUAGGCAAAUAAAAAAGCAAAAUAUGCAAUGUCAGGAGGAUUUUUCCAAGGGUUAAGGCUCUCCAUUUCUCUUAGGAGGUGCACAGGAGUUAAUCAGUUGGAGGAUAUAAGGUUCAAAUGAUCUUCUUUUUAAGGGCCUCUGGGCUAUAUAAAUUUGCAUGUGUGCAUAUUAUAUUGUGGCACUGGACCGCAAAAUAUAUUCACUGACAGCCGGCGUAUAAAUCGGCAAGAAGCGAGUGUUAAGAGCUAUUCAGUUUUCAGUUAUUUUUGGUUCAGAUGAACGACAAACCCUAACGACUGCGUUCAGAGACAAGACAGAGAUCUCUUCGUAAUGAAUUCUGAUUACGAUUACUUGUUCAAAAUCCUUGUGAUAGGCGACUCUGGUGUUGGAAAAUCGUGUCUACUGAUGCGCUUCAUAGACGACAAGUUCACAGAGAGUUUUAUAAGCACCAUAGGAGUAGACUUCAAAAUACGCACCAUGAAUGUGCAUGGAAAAAUUGUCAGACUACAGAUAUGGGAUACCGCAGGACAAGAACGUUUUCGUUCGAUUUCGGCGACUUAUUACCGGAACGCGCAUGGAAUCAUCUUGGUCUACGACGUCAAUUGGAUGGAAAGUUUUUUGCACAUCGAUCAAUGGCUAAAAGAAGUCGAACGAAACGCAGGAGCCAGAGUAAGCAGACUUCUUGUUGGAAAUAAAUGCGAUCUGGAAGGUAAAAGACAAGUUGAUUAUGAAGUGGCAAAAAAUUUCGCUGAUGACAUUGGGGUUUCGUUCGUUGAAACAAGCGCGAAAAAUGACACUAACGUCGAUAUUGUUUUUAACACAAUGGUGGAAGAACUUAACGAAAAGUUGGCGAGUGGUUUACCUUUAAUGGCCACUUCUCCCAACAAUUCGGCCAAAAGUUUAGGUUUGAACGACAAUCAGUUACCUGCUGAAUCAACUAGUCGGCAGAAAUGCUGUAGUUUUUCCUAAUUUUUUACAUAGUAGAUCAGUGGUCGAAUAGGAAUUACUGUAUUGUCUUAAAUAUUGUGAGAUGCCGGUCAAUGAUGAUCGAUGAGCAGAUGUUUUCGACUCUCGCACAUGAUGCUUAGUGUUUCUUGACAGCCAAGUAAAGCCCUUAAAGAGGAGAGCUGUAUGUACUACAUACACUGUAUACAUACACUGUAUACAAAAAUGAGAUAAAUGAUUCAGUAAAAAAAGUGAAUAUAUUAAUAAAUAUACAGAUAAAUAAAUAAACGAACAAAUAAGUAAAUAAUUAAAAACCACCGCGGCAAAAAUUUUAGUUCAAAUUAUCUUGAUCUUCGCCGAGCUCUGACUCAGCGUAUUCCCCUUGAUUUGCGUCACGAUUUGCGUGACAUCUGCGGGUUGUGUUGAGCCUUUAAGAACCAAAACAUGGCUCAGCGGAGUUAAGUUUGUCUAUAUAACAUGCACAAAUAGUACACUCCACGUGAGGGAACAGGGCCAAUAUUGACGUGAAGGCUUUCGGAAGUAGACGUCUGGAUUACACUCUUUUUACCGUUGAGAUUGCAAGAUAUCCGAAUCGUUUCUUCGAAUAAUGAGCGAUAUUGUAGAGCUGCAAAGUCCUGAUGGAGAUCAUGCAACUAUUCAACUUCACGGCAAGUGGAUAAUUAUGAGAAUUUUGUGUGCUGUUCAUCACGUGAAAGAACUCCUUAGGCACCAUCUGUUGUUUUGUUGCUCCAGUGAAAUAUUCGUCGGAGAGAGAACUAGCUGCGAGGGGAAAGAGAAUUCCGCGUCUCCCAAAUUCCGGAUGAAAAAAAAAAAAGGACUAUACCCUUACAAUCAAAUCAGCGCAUUCCAGACUUGAGUGGAAAGCUUCCCAAUUAAUUUAACUCCGGUUUUACGUUGAAUUAACUGUUUUCGAGAGAGUUUUUUCUUUCUUCUCUAUGUUAAGUUUUCUGUCCUAGUAACUUAUGUUAACAGGUUAAUAUCAAGUGCAUUUCUUAUGUCAAUCUGCGACUUGUAGCUAAAAUAAUAAUGAUUGGGUUGGUAUGAUUUCUACAGGUGCAACUGUGACGUCAUGGAAGUGCAAAGGACGGGAAAUGCUGUUUGUAAGGUAAAUAAUUCAAAUUCUUCCAAACCUUUCCAUCUAGCGAUACCAGCAGACUGGCAAAAAACUUGAUUAGCUCUUUUUUAAAAUAUUACCAACGUUUGAUUGAAAGAAAAUAAAAACUUUCCUUUAGAAGCCACUCAUUGUGACAUAUUUUAUAAUCGAUCUUUCAUAAUUUAUUUUUUAAUAGUGAAAAGGCGGUUUUUGACAAGAAGAAGGCGAUCAGAGGCGGAAUUCCAGUAGUGUUUCGUAAGUAAUAAUCGUAUAUUGUGAGGACAGGAAUCAGCUGCUAUAUAUUGGAAGCUAAUCCAGUCAGAUUUUACGUGCAAGAUAUAAUGUUUUGAAAGAGCCAGGAUCAACAUUGCGAUAUAAUUUAUGCUGUUGCAAUAUGUCUUGAGGAACGAAUCCUAGAAUGGUUUCUGUUCAACAGCAAACUUUGGACCAUGGAGUCUUGGGCCUCAGCAUGGAUUUGCCAGAACUAGCCAAUGGCACAUCAGCCAACAUCCAAAGGUUUGGAAAAAAAUCAAAUGGGCCUUGCAAUUUAACCUAACCCUCUACACUAGAACUUCAGUAUGUAUAUUCUCCAUACCAUUCGCUAGUCAUUUCCUAAGGUGCUGAAAGGGAGAAUUUGUUUAACAAUCAAGAGCCUCUUUAGUUGGUGAUCAUUUCCUUUAUUCCUGUGACUUUAAUGUUGGAUUCAGGGGUGAUGUUGGAAAGAAAAAUUAGAUGCUAGACUUACUCUUAGGGGUCAAAAGGGUUAAUUCACUUUCUAUGUUAAGCACAGAUGUAGGGGAGAUAUUUGGAAGACUGGAUGGCUAACAAAUUGUACAUCAGUUUAAUCAAAGGAGAUGGAGGUUAUUUCCAUAGGUAUCAGGAUAGGUCUGUGGUAUCUCAAAGGAUUUAAAUUCAUUAGGUGCUCAUUUUUUCAAGGAAGAGAAUGGUGAAACAAGAGCAGUGUUUUCUCUAGAGGACAGUGAAAGUACAAGACAAAUGUGGGAUUAUAAGUAAGUGUCCCGCUCUUAUCAUGGACCCAGUAAGGUGCUUGGGUUUGUUGUUGUUGUUGUUUUUUUUUUUGGCAGGUGCAAAUAUUUAUUUUGGAAUCUGGUAACUUUUAAAUUUUUUUUCCCUGUGAGACAUUUCUCUUAAAAUUCCACAAUUAUUACUCUUGAAGGUUUAGGGUUCUGUAUGAAGUGACUGUGGGAAAGCAGCAUUUAAAAACCACCAUCACAGUUGAAAACAAAGGUAAAAUAAAAUGUUCUAGAUAAAAAAAAACCAAGGAUACAAAUACAACAUUAGUAACAUAUUUUUAGUUAGUUGUCUAGAUUAACAGCUACCGCCUGUUAUUUUUCUAAGCAUUUAUUUUGUCCUGGAUUAAAAACACUGUUUUCAAAAUCAGGUCAGUCAAAUUUUAAAAAUAUUUCUGAAGGUGACAAUGAUGUUGGAAACCUUGGAAAAUAUGUUAAGUUACAUUGAAUGAACUUUGACCAUUGGUUUAACUAAUUAAUUUUGAUUAAUGCUGACAGAAGUGAAUGAAACCAUCUUUGUUAGACCUAUUUAAUAAAUAUUUUAGGAUCUCCAUUUGAAUUUUUCAUACAAUUCAAACUAUACAGUUUGCACUCGUGAUCUUUGCAGACGAGAAAGCCUUUGCCUUUACCACCCUUCUACACACUUAUUUACGAGUUCCUGAUGUUACCCAAACUACAGUUUCUGGAUUAAAGGGCUUAAACUAUGUUGAUAAGGUGAGUGUUCCAACUUUAAUUAAUGCUUUUUUGAGCUGAGUUUAACAGGGAAUAUACACAGCCUCAUGUCUGAACCCACUAAUUCCCAGUAGUGAUUAACAUGUAACUUCUCCUUAUUGUAUCUACACACUAUCCAGCAAACAGGUAAUGAGAAUACUCAAACUUAUCAGGUGGAAGUUGUUAUCUUACUCUGACAUCAAAUUCUUGAAACUAAUUUACAAGGAAAUAUGUAGCAGCUAGAGGAGAGAAUUAACAACCAGAACUUGGGUUAACCUCUCAAGUCCUAAGAGAGAAUGUUUAUUUUAGUGUUUUAGUGCUGAGUACUCUGAAAUUAUUCUUUGUAGGUUCUUGGUGGAAAAACAUUCACAGAAAGCAAUGAACCUGCGAAAAUUAAUGGGUUUACAGAUAGGUAAAUAAAUGUAAAUAAAUGUAAUUUUACCUAAAUUGUCAAAUUGAAAUUCAGACACAUUGUAUGCAUAAUUUCAUUGGCAAUUCUUGAUCAAUUUUUUUUUUUCAAUUUCCAUAAUUUGAUAAUCUAGUCAUGACUAAUAAUAACCUGAAUAGAACAUUACUUAGAAUGAAAAGGUUCAUAUGUGAGCUGAGAAAGUAUUUGUUAUUACAUCAUUUGAUUAAAGGCACUCAGCCUUAUUAAUUGCUACUUGUCUAACAAUUAGGCUGGACCAUAUGGCUGAAAGUUUUCUUUUCUUUUCUUUUUUUUUUUUUUUUAGGGUUUACCAGAACUCUCCAAGUGAACACAAGAUAACAAAUGUUGGCUCUAAAAAUUGUCAUGUAACUCUCUGGAAGGAAAAUUUUCCAGAUACAGGUGACAUCAAAAAAUUAAAUUGUAAGUGACUUAAUUUCUUUUGGUAGACUAAUGCAUGUUUUUGUUUAUUUUUCAGUUGUGUGGAAUCCUUGGGCUCAAAAGGCCAUUUCAAUGGCUGAUUUUGGAGAUGAUGAGGUUUGUUCCUCUUUACCACAAGUUGAGUACUUUGCUGCCCUUGAGGGACAAAGAAAAUGAUUUGGAAUGAUUUUUAAAACUAUUUCCUUUUCAUCUCUUGUAGUAUCCCAAUAUGCUAUGUGUUGAAGCAGGAUAUGUCAGCAAGCCUUUUGUACUUGAGCCAGGAAAGAAAUUUGAAGCCCAGCAAACAUUUUCAUGUUCUUGUGUUUAGCCUUGAAUUUUCAUACAAUAGGUAGUGACCAAAAUCAAGUUAGAAAUGAAAUUAAUAGGUAGCUCUGAUAGCAUUAGUGCAGUUUGAAAAUAAACUACUAUCAAUAAAAAAUGUAGGGAUGGUAAAAGAUAAGACUAAUGAUAGAUGUGGGUAAACAGGAAGAUGGGAUUAGGAUAUUUUUUGUGAACUAAUAGAUGUAAUGACUUUUCUGUACUCUACCUGUUUAAAUCAAUUUUAAAAGGAUAGGGAUUGUUUUUAUCAGUUUAUAAGGGUAGUCAGAGUAUAAUAUACUGUAAACCGUUUUUUCUAAUGUAGGGCUAACACUCCAAUCAUCAGCUUUAGAAAUCCUUCACGGGGGCCAAUUUACAUAAUUAACUCAGUUGAAAAAAAAAAUCUCUGUUCAAACUAUGUACUGUUAUACACCAAUAUGAGUGAUGAAUUUUUUUUCUUCAAAUCAAGAUUGUGUUCUACAAGCUAUUCUCAAAUUUCCAAUACUCUCAAAAAUUUCAUGUCUGGGUGUUUCAAACAAAGUAAAAUAUCAGCCUGGAACUACUAACAAUAACUGUUCAAAUAGACUAGAAGUGUGUAGAGCCAAUUAACUGAAAUCCAAACAACAACAUUGAUCUAUUUGUGCAUUUAGUUAAAAUCAUACGUCACUAGAAAACUGGUACAAAGACAGUUUCCUUGCAUUGUAUAAAAAUAAUUAAACAGUGAAAAGAAAUUGCAUUCUAAAUGGAUAUUCACAAUGGUAGUAAAAUAAAAAAUGUUAUUUAAUUACCCUGAAAUAUUGAAUAACAAGGAUAUAAUAUCGGCUUAUAAACUAAGGAUACCAGCUGGGA